GAGAUUUCUAAGAGAAACAAUACCCUCUUCUCCCACAAUGGAGGAAAUGGAUGAUAUGGUUUUUACUGAUGAAGUAGAUGAAGUCUUAGAUGAGUUUGAAGCAGCAAAUGACGACGAAAACGAUGAUCUGUAUCAGGACCUUUGCAAACAGGAUGAUGGAUCUUGUGUAUUCUCUAGACAUACUGGGUCCGUAUUUUGUGGUUCAUUAAAUAUAAAAGGAGACCUAGCUGCAACAGGUGGCGAAGAUGAUAAAGCAUACAUUUGGGACACUACUUCUGGAGAGAUUGUCUUUGAAUGUAAAAGUCAUGAAGAUAGCGUAAUUUUUGCAGAAUUCAACACUGACGGCAGUUAUGUAGCAACUGCUGAUAUGAGUGGCAUCAUUUAUGUAUGGAGUGUUAGGGAAAAAAAUUUAGUAUGGAAGUACAGUAUGGGCGACGUUUCAUGGUUAAGAUGGCAUUUACAUGCAAAUAUCCUUUUUGCGGGAUCUGUUAAUGGAGAUACAUAUAUAUGGAGAAUCCCCAUGGGCACUUGCAAAAUUGUUCAGGGAUGUGGACUUCGUUCCGAAACUGCGGUAAUAAUGGCUGAUGGUAAACGUUUGGCCGUGGGGUUUGAGGAUGGCAGCAUUCGUAUAAUUGACUUUACAUCAAAUAGCGAAGAACUGGAAAUUAUUACUAUACAUUCAGGACAUAGUGAAGGGAUAACAGCUCUCGAUUGCCAUCCUGACAAUAAUUUAUUACUGUCUUCAGGAGUAGAUGGCAAAACAAUUCUUCACUCAACGAAGACUAAGAAGAUUAUUAAAAUCCUGCAAGAUUUAAAAAAUGAUACGAGGGUCGAAGCCAAAAGUUGUCCGGAAGAACCUGACGAAAAUAAUUGGGUGGAGUCUAUAGCUUUUUGCAAAAAUCCUACCUUUGUUGUUGCUGCAACAGGAACACUGCAAGGGAAAAUAUUUAUAUGGGACAUUUCCAAACAGCUAAUAAGACAUCACAUUCAGCAAGAAGGUGGAAUAAGCAAACUGGUUUGGAUGUCCACAACUCCAAUACUCUUUUCUGCAGGCCUAGAUGGCAUUCUGAGAUGUUUUAAUGCAAAAACUGGACAACUUGUCAAGUCGUAUAAUGGACACACUGCAGGGAUACUCGAUGUACACGUGUGCGAGAAUGCACGGACCGUAUUGACAACAUCAGACGACAGGACAGCCAGAAUCUUUCAAAUUGAUAUACUAUAACGCUCGAGAAUAGCUUUAAGUUUGUUGAUAUAAAUACCAUGUUAAUUGCAUUUUUAAGACGGCUUUAUGUCGAAAAAAAUGCGUACAAAUCAUUAGUUUUACUUUUUUUCUGUCUAUACGUGAUAUAAUUUUAACAUUAAACGUACCACCGGCCAGUUAAGUGACCGUUUUUAAAUGGUAUUGGUAGUAGGGUUAUGAAUUGUCGGUACGUUUGGUGUUAACUUAGGCUACCAUAAUUAGGUGCGUCAAGCUAGCACGACGCCAUCUCAAUU